UUCGCACGAGCGCUCAGUUGCUCUCGGUCAUUCGUUGUGGUUGUGUGAACUUUUGCCGCAGCAUCAUCAGCAGCAGCAGCAGCAACAACAACGACAACGACAUCGACAUCGACAUCGACAGUGACAGUGACAGCGACAAGAACAACAGCAACAGCCACAGAAAGAGCAGUAUCAAACAGAGACGACAUUGUAGCCAUCAUUAUCGCCGUCGCCAUAGAGAAAGAAUCAUUCGAAGCAACAGCAGCAGCAGCAGCAGGAAGAGUUUUUUUUUCGUAUUCGAGAAGCCAAAAGAUAAAACGUUUUGUGGUAAAUUAGAAAUUUACAAAUUACAAUUUACAAUUUGCAGUUGCAAUUACAGUUCAAGUGCAUUGCGGCUGUAAACAGAGAUCCAAAGAAACAGUUUCGCAGCGGGCAAAUGCGUCGUAUGCGUAAUGUCAUAAACUAGACAACUAAAGAAGCAUUUAACGCCAGAGUCACUCAACAUACAAUUUGCAAAUUUAAAUAAUUUUAAAACAAGCAACAAACUUAUAAUACCAACUGAGCGUCGGUUUUAUGUGACAGUUUCCGUUUGGUGCGAUUUAAAAAAAAAAAAUUGAUGAAAAUACGCAUCAAGCAGUAAAAAAUUGAUAGAGCGGGCAACGGAAUUCCGCGCCAAGUGUCAUCAAAACAACAGCAACAGGAAGAGGGCUAAGGAAAUCAGGCACAGGUAAAAGCAGCAUCCUUGGGGUGCCAAUUGUGCAACAAAACGCGCUUCAGGAUUAGCCCCAGUUCUAGGAACAGCAGCAACUCGUAUUUUAUCCAUAAGUUCCUUUGUGCGUCAUGCACGACACAGCCGGCAAACCAUCCCCCAUAGCCACGCCCACACAGUCACCGAUGGCGUCGGCAGAUCCUGGUCCCGUACCAGCAGAUGAUGAGGAUGAGACCGAUGUGAUUGGUGAUCUGAUGGGCCACUAUGGCAAAUGGCAACUACUGAUGACGGUGCUGCUCUCACUGUUCCAGGUGCCAAACACCUUUCACAUAUCCUCAUCCGUCUACCAGGCGGCCAACAAGGAGUUCUGGUGUCAGAGGCCGGCGCAUUUACAACAACUACCCGUCGAUGUUUGGCGCAAUCUGAGUGAUUCCAAUGACAACUGCCAUCAACGGGUGGGGAUCGAUUGGAGUCAGCUGAGAAAUGAUACGCUGCCAGCACAACUGGAGCAACAGGCGGCGGCAGCUGCUUCAGCUGUGACAGAUGACAAAGGCAAACUGGUUGCAUGCAACAGCUGGGAGUAUGCCACUGAUGACAAUGUUGGUAACACUUGGACCUCCGAGUGGGAUCUGGUGUGCGACAAGGAGCAUUUAAAGAACGUUGCCGAAAUGUUCUUUCUGCUGGGUGUUGCAACAGGUGGCAUCAUUUCGGGCUACCUCUCUGACAAAUUUGGUCGCAAAACAAUGCUCUUCAUAUCGGCAGUGCUGCAGACCAUAUUUGGUCUCUGGCUGUAUUUCUGUAGUUCCUUUGAGCUAUAUUUAACCCUGCGAGCGCUUUUGGGACUUGUCUCCGUCUCGGUGACCUACUCGGGCCUCAUAUUGGCCAUUGAGUAUGUGGAUGGCAAAUGGCGGACCAUAGCCGGAAUGUACAAUCUAUUUCCGCUUCCCAUCUCGUAUAUGAUCAUCUCUGGAUUGGCCUAUUUGACGCAGGAUUAUCAACGUCUGCAGCUGUGCAUUGGGCUUCCCGGCAUUUUUCUCUGUUUUCUCUGGUUUGUGGUGCCGGAAUCGCCGCGCUGGCUGCUGGUCAAGGGUCGCAUUGAGGAAGUGAAACGCAUCAUUGAGGCGGCGGCCAUUUUCAAUGGACGAGAGUUGCCCGCAGAUUAUCAGCUGACGCCGCCAACGCAGGAGAGUAGCUCACAGGACUUUACAUAUCUGUUUAGAUCCAGCUAUUUAAGACGCAUCUCUAUCUGCUUCCUGUGCAUUUGGUUCACCAUGAAUCUCGUCUACUAUGGCAUUAUCUUGAACAUGAGCUCAUUUGGUGGCAAUGUCUACUUAAAUUCGGCGCUAGCUGGCCUAGUCGAAAUACCUGCCAUUGCGGUGGCCAUGUACAUUAUCACCAAGGUGGGUAAGAAGUGGCUCUUCAGUGCCACAUUGUUCUGUGCCGGCGUCGCCUGCUGCUGUGCCGCUAUCACCGAAGGACGCGAGGAUAUGCUCUGGCUGAAGAUCACAUUCCUGAUGAUGGGCAAGUUUACAAUUAGUGCCGGGAAUACCAUUAUGCCCGUUUACACCGCGGAACUUUAUCCCACGGCGAUACGCAAUGUGGGCGUGGGUGCCUGCAAUGUGGCUGCAGGAUUGGCGCUCAUCCUGACGCCCUACUUGUCGCUUCUGAACAAAAUCGACGGCCACCUGUUGAUGUCGCUGUUAACCGCUUGGAGCAUUUUUGGUGGAUUCGUAGUUCUCUUUCUACCUGAGACGGCGGUGCGAAAAAAUGCAACAACCGCAGCAAGUCGACAGAAUGCAGCAAAGCAAGUGUAAUAAAUUACAGAAGCCCCUUUACCUUGCCCCGUUGGUCAUCAAGGAUACAUUUUGGCUGGUCCAAAAUAAGCACACAGGCUACCAGAGAACUACUUACGAUACAAAAACAACAACAACAACAAGUACUAAAUAAAUAGAAACAACCAACAAUAAUUGUUGCCCAGCCCCGAUUUGACAUAUCCACCGCCUCAGCCACCGCCACCUAAUUCUAUAUUCUAUCUGUAGUCGAGGAGCUCAAUUAAAUAGCGCAAUUUAUCGAAUGUCCAUUAAAUGCCAUAGAGCGAAAUGUCAGGCAGGACCUUAUCUGCGUCGCAAGUAGUGAGUAUUUAAUAAAAUAUCUAAGAAGAAUAACAAACAAUGGCUUUUAGCUUAUAUUAGUUAUAAGAACAUAAGCAUACAUAUUAUAAACGAAGUCACAAUUCGGUAUAGGAAUAACUAAGUAACUUCGGUAUUAUCGAAGUGGAAGAAAUUUCACAUAUCCAAAAAGAAAAAUUCAGAGAAUCCCUAUGAUUGAUUGAUUGAUGGUUCAAAAUGAUUGCAGUUCUAAAAGUUUAUGUGGAGUUUCGGAUAUUAAAUUAACUUGUUAAAAUGCAUGUAAAAGUAUUGCUUAAUUAUUAAUUCUAUCAACAACGCAAUGAGCAACAGCUAAAACAACAAAAUACAAUAACUAAUUAUUCUUGUCAAUAUGUCAAAAUAUAAGUAAGCAUAAUCUCGUUGUUGUUGUCUUGUCUUCGUUAAGCUUGGUUAAAUAUAAAAUAUUUUAUAAAUAAAUAAGCACAAAUACAAUUGAUUAUGUAAUCGAAAGUAAAAUUGUAAUCUCUGGUAAAUGUAGUCAAUUAAUCAUUAGAAUAAUUAUUUCAUAUAAUAUAUAUACAAAGUAAAUAUCGGUCAAUUAUGCAUACUAUACUAUAUGUGUAUGUAUUUGUAUAUGAAUACGAACUGCAUAUGGAGAGAAUGCAAUGUUUAUUGUUUUUACACAUUUCACAUUUAAAUUUGUUUACGGAAUUUCGCUUGCUAAUAAAAAUAGUUUAAAGACCUCCCAUUCUAGUGCAUUUAAUCUAUGAAUGUAUGUAUGUAUGUAUGUAAGUAAUUUAUAUGUAAAUCAAAAUUAAAAAAAAAAAAUGUAUUAGCUAACACUAUCAAACAUCAUGUUAACAAUGUUAGAGUCGUGGAAAUUAAAAUUGUUGCUUUAUGAAACCGCCAAAAUGCUUGUUGUACUUACAAAAUAUUUAUGAUAUUAUUUCCUUUAAUUAUAAGUUUUAAUUUGUUGUUAAUUGUACUUACAAUAUAAGUAGAUCUUUAUGUUGUCUAGAAUUUAUUAUUAUUAUUUAAUACGAACACUGCUUAUGAUAUUUAAAUGUUUUACUUACCAUUUGUAUAUUUAAGAGAAUUCUAAAAAUUCACUUUUAAUUAAAAAAUGUUACAAAAAAUGAAUAAUGAUCAAGUUGUGUUUACAUGUUGAUAAAGAAAUGAAAUGGAUGAAUGUAAACUGUUAGAUAUUCCAUCUUGAAAUCCCUAGUCGUAUUUUAAAGCUCAUGUUAAAUGCUCAACCGGAUCUUAAGAACAAAUAAUGUUAAUAAAUGCGUAUUAAAAAUUGUUGUAAAUCAAAAUUACCAGAAAGCAACGUAAAUGCAAUUAUAGUGUCAAAAUAAAUAUAUAUAAAUAAAUAAAUAAUACAAAUAUA